AGAAUUCUAAACAAUAUUAAGCCAAAUUCUAAUUUAUUGAUUUUUAGUUCAAAUUAUCAAUCAUAUAUGUUAUUGAUGCAGACCAUUUUUUCCCCAUUCACACAAUACAAAUAAUAUAAAAUCCGAUCGCUGACAGGAAAGGUGUUGCAUUCAUUUUAUAUAUAUACACACAAACACCUCUAAAACAGAAACUUUUUAAAAAUGUCUACCAGUGAUCGCACAAUCUUGUUUAUCGUAUGUAAGAGAUCAGUCAGCGUAACAACAUGAUUUAGCGAUACAAAUGGACCAAUCACUUCCAGCAUCUGCAUCAGCUGUCCGUGAUGCUCUUGACUGUCAUUUAACGAGGACAUAAAAAGGAUUCAGUCAGAGCUAUAUGCAUUUAAGAGUCCACCGAAUAUGCAAACUAAUAAUGUCCUUCAGAUAAUCAUAUGGCAGUCGGAAAGAGAAUUUCUUUUCGAGCGUUUUAUUUAAAGGCUACGUCCAGGUCGUACCUGUUUCCCGUUAUGCUUGGAAUAUAGUUUAUCACCAUAAUAAUAUUAUAUACUCGCAAAUCGCUCAUCGCAAAGUCAUCGCUCGUACCUAUAAUACAAUUUCUUUUUGUGCGUGUACACUGCAGCAGAUUCGUAUGCGUGUUACCACGUCUCGCUGAGUAAUGCGAUCAUCGAUCAACCAUGGCACUCUUGUACAGGUUGGUUAAGUUGCCGGACCGUUUUCAAACUCAUGUGUUUACAUUUGUGGUGACCAAGUCAGUAACUCGUGACCCGGACCGAGAUGUUACAUCUAAAGAAUUUGCUUGUGGUCAUCAAAAGUGGUCAAUCACAUUCUCACGAACUGACAAGAUGUUAGGUGCAUACUUAGUGUGGAAGAGUGCCUCUGAGUCAGUGCGAGUUUAUGUGGAUUUCACAUUCACUAUACUCAACCGUGAACAUUUCAGUGUAAACGAAUCAUUUGCUGGCAAGCAAGUGAAGUUUACGACGGACUGUCCAGCCCAGGGGAACCGAAAUUACAUACCGGUCAGCGACCUGUACGGUCGAAACUUCACAGACGCGAACGGCGAGUUCCAACUAGAAUUGUCCAUCGGUCACGUUCGCACGCUGUACGACACGGAGUUCUGCGUGCCCACGUCGCUAACGUCCCGGCUGAUGCACCAUCAUCACCAGAUUCAGAAUCACCACAACCCGGCGGCCGGAAAUGCACUCCAGCACCAGUACGGCACGGCGUCGCCCAGGGGGAGCAAGUGCAAGCUGGAGACUUCGUACUUCACGUUCGGCGGGUUCGACUGGAAUCUAGCGCUGUACCCUCACGGCGUUAAAGACGCUUCGUGUACUUCAGUGGAAGGCCGUAUGUCGGUAUAUUUGAAUCGUUGUACAGGAUUCGAUCAUCAAUGCCGUGUUCGAUACAUGUUAGUUUUGGGCGAUGGAGAUAAACGUCUGGACUCGGGAGUAUUGGAUGAUGUAUCCGAUUCAGAUGGUAAAAGCUAUGGCUGGCAUCCCAGAUAUAAGUUUUCCGAGCUUGUUACAAAGGGUACAGUUCGGGUACAUCUAGAGAUGUUAUUGGCAAACACCUUGAGUGAAGUUAUAUCUAGCAUAGUGAUAACAGGCAUUAACCAGCACGGAGUAUCGUCGGCAGCGUCUAGUGGCGUGGUAGCGUCACCCACAAAAACGCAAUGUUAUGACCGUGACAAGCACGCGUGGUCUAUAAGGAGCGAUUGCCAGUCAGAAACGGUCCGACUUCAUAUGGUUUACAAGGACAUUCAGAACGUGCCCAGAAAUCAUCUCAGGUAUGUUUGUUGGACGGCGUACCUACUACGUUACCACGGAAAAACGGGCCACGUGGAACCAGUGCCAUUGCCAGGUGCACCAUUUAGCCACUAUUACGCAACUGACGCCACUGACGAAGGGAUUAUAAUGGAAACCGACAUAAGCGUCAAAGAGCUCCGUGAUUCAGGUUGUCCUUUUUUAACAGACAAAGGACAAUUGAGGGUACAAGUCGAAUGGGAAGAAAGCUAUUUACUGUUCCAAGCCACAUACCAUAAAUAUGAUGACGUCAGUAGAACUCACAACUAUCAGAUGAGGCGCGAGAUCACAGCUCUGCAGGCCGAAAACUACAGCCUGGAACGGCAGCUGUUCAGCUACCAGAAGAGCAUGUCGCUCGUGCAGAGUCGGGGAACCACGUACUCGGACGAUCUGGACCCGGCGGACGUCGGAGACGGCGACGGCGGAGGCGUCCCGGUGGACGAUCGCGACGUCCAGCUGCAUCAUCAGCAUCAGCAUCAGCAUCAAGGCGGCGGCGGCGGAGGAAGCGGCGGCAGUGCGUUCUACGACGACGGAGCUCCGCUGCAGUCCUCGGUCGUCGUCGGCCCGGACGGCUACCCUGUGGCCCAGCACCACCAGCACCACCAUCAACAGCAGCAGCAUACGCCGCACCAUCAAAUCCACCAUCACCACCCUCUGCCGCAACCGCCCCAGCAGCACCAUCACCACCAUCCAUGAGGUCGGCUGCCGUUCCACGAGACCGACGACGACGGCCACCGUCACGUGCCGCACUACCGGCACUCGGACGGCGGCGGCGGCCCGGCCACGUGGACGUCGAUGGCCAGCAACGCGGUCACUACAGUGUUCAAAAAGGCCCAAAGGCGUUUCAGCGUCAUACUCUACAACAACAACAACAACCCCGUGUGAACGUGCCAAAAAUUUUUUUUGAAAAAACCACAUUUACGUUUAAAUAUUUUAUAUACUUACUCGCAGUACGCCAGCUCGUAUACAGUAAUAUGGUUUUGAUUUUAACUCGAUAAAAUUUAAUAAUAAUAUUAUAUAUUAAGUAGAAAGGUGUGUGUCAUGUUACAUGAUAAUGUCGCGUUUGGUAUUUAUUUUUUUCCGUUUUAGCCUCUUGUCGUGUAGGCGUAUAUUACAAUAUUUCACUAGGUAUACACAUAUUAUUAUUAUACGCGUAAGUAGUAAAUGGUUGAGAAAUCGAGAGAGGGAGCUCCCCACCGACUUUCUUGACCGUCAAACUUCGACCGACAAAAUAUUAUAUACGUAUAAUUACCGUGAGUAUUUCAAACUAUAACUACUGCAAAAAAUGGUUCAAAACGAAUAUAUUUUCUUUUUUUUUUUGGCACUACGUUUAUUGUAUAUAUAAUGUGUAUAUAAUCAUAAUAAUACUUAUCACAAAAACCGUCACGCAUAAUAUAAUAAUAUAUUCAUGUAUAUUAUAGGUAUAUUAUGCAGGUUAAAACAUGCCCGUAGGUAAAAUAAUAAUUAAUAAUAUAUACAUACGUGAAAAAUAAAUAUUAAAAAAUUGUAAAAAAAAUAUAUAUAUCUCGAAGCAGAAAAAAAUAUAUAAUAUAAUUUUUGAAUUUCAUGUAAAAUUAUCCAAAUUGAAAAUCCUUUGUUUUUGUUGAUUUUUUUUUAAUUAUCCAAGAUUUUCAGCAGACUCAUUUACUUACAAACUUACACAUUUUACUCUGAUAAUUUAUCAGAUUUCUCAGAUCACCAUGAUUGUAUUUAUUUUACUUAUUUAUCAUACCUGAAUUCACUGAAAUCAUAGAAAGCUCUUGGCUCUUAUUAAAUCAUAAUGUAAAUAAUACUACAAAAAGUACUUCUUUAAGAAUACCAAUUAUUUUUAAAGCCUCAAUUUAAUAUAAUAAACAUCAUUAAAAUAUUGCUAUAUUCGUUGUAAAUAUUUAUCAUUAUGCUUUAAAACGUUUGAAUUUAUAUUAUUAUCUUAUUAUGUUAAGUCUUCUAAUUGUCUCAUAUUUUCAGUUUUAUUUAAUUUGUUUGCUCGAAAGACAAUCCAAUAUCGUUCAACAAUACAUAUUUUAGGUCAUAGAAAAGUGGCAUUGUUCACAUGAAGUAAUUUUGUAUUUAAAAUACAAUUAAUGAUUGUAAAUUCAAUCAUGUUAUCUAUAAAAUCUCUUCAUACCAAAAUUAUACAUUUAUACGUUAUUAUGCACUUCCACAUUUAAUAAAUAUUUUAUCAAUGGCUUUCCACCAAAGUACUUAGUAAUCUAAUUAUUAAAUAAUUUAUUAUUAAUGUAUAAAUAUAGAACCAAUAAUAACAAUAUGGAUAGUAUCUAGGGUUGAUAUAACAGUCUGCAUAUAUAUCGAUACUUUAUAUUAUUCUUUUUCAUAUAAGGAAAAAUACAAACAAAAAGUGCAAAAGUGCAAAACGACUUUUCCCUGUUAUUCUUCUCUCAUUUUUCUACCGAUGAAAUUAUAUUAUAAUAUAAUAUAUUACUUACCUUUAAAUCGAAUAAUAUCAAAUAACUUAUACAACUUAAUAUCGCGUUAUACCAACUUUUUUGUGGUGAAAUUUGAUCAUCAAAACAUUUUGUCUAAAUUUAACAUGUUUUUAUAUUAUCAAUCGUAAAUUAUUCGUUUAAUAAUUGAUCUCGUUUUUGGAAUGGUUAACACUAGAAUAUUAAAAAUAAAACAAUUCCAAUGUUCAUAGCUUAUUACUACGUAAUUUUAGAUUGAUCCUCGUUUUGACAAUAUUCGAAAUAUAAUUUCAUUGUUUACUUCAUUAUGUGUGCUUUACGAUAAAUUUUAGAUCAUCGCAAAUUCGAUUAUUUUGUAAUAUAAUAAACCAUUGAAUAAUUCUAUUGUACAUGCUAUACUCAAUAAUUCAUAGAUUAUUUUUUAUUUUCAAUAUUUAUAAGUUCUCAUACCAAAUUAUGAUUUAAAUGUAUUAUGUGUAGGGAAGUUUCGAUCAGUUUUUCAUAUCCUUUCAUUUCCAGCCUGUGUAUGAUUUUUUUUAUUUAUUUAGUUUUUAUUUAUUAUUAAAAAUUUAUGUUCACAUUUCUUUUGAUCAUCUGUAUUUAAUUAAUUUGCAAUGGAACACGUGAUAUUUAUAUUUUAUAAUAACAUGCUGAUAGAACAAUUAUUUAACUAUCAUAACAAAGUUCUACAUCCUCAUAUCAAGUUAGAGGAAGAUUAUAUAAAAUAUAUUUGAUGAACCAAACAACUUUUCAAAAUGUCUAUACAUAACACAUGCAGGCAGUAAAACAAAUCCAUCCAAAAACUAUUCAUUAAAAUUUUCACCUUUUUUAAAAAUCAGGAAAAUAAUUUUAAUUGACAAGCAAUCGUAGGUAUAACACAAAAUAUAAGAACAUUUCAUCGAAUAUUAAGACAAAAUUACGUAUAAAUCGAUGCAACGAGUUUUCUAUAAAGUAUAAUACAUUUUCCACAUGAUUUUAUACUGAAUUUAAAACCUAGAGAGGUGAAUUUCUUGUAAAACGUUGAUAUUAACAAUAAAUGAGAAGUAUUAAAUAUACAUAAUAAGACAAUUUUUCGCAGAAAUAUAACUUCAAACAAUUUUUUAUCCUUUUAUUCAUAUUUUAAAUUCUAAAGAGCCAGUUCAUUUUGAAUAGUGUACACUAUUUUUAGUAUAAUAAGUAAAUAUUAAUUUUUGAGUUAUAUUUAAUUUUUUAUGUUGGUAUUAAUUAUUUAUACUAUCAACAAAAUAUGCAAUACUUCUGAACACUUUAAAGAUAAUGUUUCAAUAUUAUUAAGUAAUAAUAAUAUAAUAUACUAAUACUUACUAAGUAUAUAUUUCUACCUACCUAAAAACGUACUGCGUCUUAAUAGACAUAACUAUUUUUCUGUUUUAUAUGUAUAGGUACCUAGUUAAACCAUUAGCGGUUUAUUAAGAAAUUAAUUUUAAAUGUAGAAGCUGACAACAAAACCUUCUGUCGUAUGUGUAAGUUUAUUAAUUUUACGUUUGGUAUUUUUGGAAUGUUCGACUACCUAUAUUAUGUUUUGCAUUGAACCUUUUACGGUCCUAGUUUUACAAAUACUUUUAAAAUACGAGGCUGAAUUUCACAUGGGAUUAAUUGGAUUAACCCUAUAAAACCGUAUAGAAGUUUGCAAAAUUAAAUUGUUAUGGUGAUGAUUUAGAAACUUUGUAGAUAGAAAACAAUGAACUACCUACUCCUUUAAAUUCUUAUAUAAUAGGUAUCGUAGAUUUUAUUCGAAUGGUAAAAUUGCCGUUGUACUAUUUUUUUCUUAACUUAAUGUUGUUACGUCGCAAGGACCUAAUAUUAUUGGAUUAUUAGUUAACUAUUUUAUUAUUAUUAUCAUUGAUAAUGAUAAUAAUGUUUAGCACAAGCAGGGAUCUUUGUAUCUCUGUAUUUCAUGACGGUCAGUACACAGGCCCACGUGUUCACUAAAAUGAGCACGAAAAAUUUAAGCGAAAAAUUCUAAAAAAAUAUUUAGUACACGUUUGUCGGAAAGUAUUUUAAAGGUUUCCCCAUACGUAUAUACGAUAUUGUAUUAUAGGUAUACGUACGGUAAUCAUAAACCGACUCGAAAAGUUUUUUUUUAUAUAUUCGGGACACGUAUCAUACAUUCAAACGCCCAAAACUACAAUUUUGGGGUUUUGACUUGAAUUUUCUAUGUUUAUUUUUCUCCAUUUUUGAUCUAGUACCAAAAUAUUUAAGACACGUGUUGUCGUCAUCGUCGUCGUCGUCUGACUACAACGAUUCCAUUACUCUCGCGACAAGCCCACGAAUAUACUUUUCUUGUUUUUUUUUUAUUUUUUACUAAUAUUUCGUUCUCUCACGAUCUUCUCGUGAACUCGCGUAUUAUAGGUCGGUGCAUUAAUAUACAUUUAUUCUCCGGCAUACCUUAUGUUGGUACGAGCACGCGUCUUAGACGAUCGAUUUAUACGGAAAUGCAUGAUAUUAUAGUACAAUAGUAUAUUAUAUUAUAACGAUGUAUAUAGAUUAAAUUUAUUUUUUCUAACGCUUAUAAAAAAUGUUUGACUAUAUUUACUACUUGAAACUCCAAAGAUUAGUAUUUUUAAUUAGACAAAUCAUUUAUUUUUAUCCGCAUUUAGACGGUAAACCUACAAACAUUAUUUAACGUUAAUAUAUUAUAGAAUAUAUCUAUGGGGCUACGCAUUCAACGAUUAGAGAAGGUAUACGAAUUGUUUAUUCCGAACGCUACAAACAUAUAUUUCAACCACCUCAAACCAAUGUCAUAUUUUAUGUAGGUACCUACAUAUAAUAUCCGCUGUUGUGACAAAUGUAUUCGAAGUAUAAAAUAUAUUUUUAUUGUGUAUGCAAAGUACAAAAUACCAAAACUAAAAAUACGUAACACUUUAAACACCGGAUGUGUCCGUAAAGUAGGCACCUACUUUAAAGUUGUAUAUAAGAACAUUUUCGAUAGAUGCUAUUUACAUUUUUUAAAUAUUAAGCUAAUAAACGUCCUGAUUUUAGUUUUUAUAGUAUUUGCUGCUUGUUAUAGCAGACUUAAGUAACUGCGUGUAGAACUGUUUGCCACGCUGUUACAAAAGUACAUCGGACGACCGACAAAGUACUAUUAUAAUAUUAAAUAUUAUAGUAUUAAUUAACAUAUUUAUUUUGAAAAAAAACUAUUAUUAUUAUUUUUUUUUUUUUUAACAUAUUAUGUAUUAUAUUGUAUUCUUAAAAAUAGUUUUAUUUCGAUAAUAUUCUAGUUACACUUUUAUAUUUAACGUGGGACGUACACACCACCCUACAGGUUAUACGAAAGCUGUUUUUUCCUAUCGAUAUAUUAUGUUUCUCGCAUUUGUCGACAGUUCCUACAGUCGAAUAUCCUUAAAACUCUGUUUGGUUUAUCUAAGGAAGUUUUUUAGGAUAUAAUUCCGGUCGAGCAGACAUAUGCGGGUAGUAUCGCGGAAAAAAUCAAUGAGAAGAAAAACUUUUCGUGAGCGUUCUUCUGUUCCUUACAAUAUCCCAUAUAUUUCACAUUUACGGCGAAUUUCUCAAUGCUACGCCUGGCAUGAAUUUAUAUAGAAUAUUAAUAUAAAAAUAAACUUAUUUUUUUAUAAUGCUACUCUUGUACUUUCUACGUAGACGUAUAUGUGUGUAUAUCUAAGCUAUAAACGUUAAGUGAUCCUUAAAAGCUGCACUGUUCGAUUAUACAAAAAUAUAUAUUUGUAUGUAUGUAAUAUAAUAUAAUAAUGUGUAUUAUGUAUAUAUACAUAUAUGUAUAUUACCAUCAGCAUUUUGACCACUAUUUAUCUGUCAAUUAAAACGAUUUUUAAAAUAAUGAUUCUUACUUAUAAGUACUUAUUGUGAUAUCGAUUUGUUUCUAUUUAUAUUUUAUAAUCAUAUAUUAUUACGUACACUAUAGGUGUACACUGUACGCGUUUAUGAAUAUUAUUAUUAUUAUUAUUAUUAUAUGUCAUAUAAGAAUAUUAUAUGACAGUUCAUUAUUAAAUACAACGGCUCUAAAAAUAAAUUACAUAUUGAAAUCAACACGACAAUACCGUUUUAGUCCUCGGAACUCGGACCACUGGAUUUUCGUUUUCAACCGUUCGCGUUUGACAUGCUCGUUUCCUGCGUUUCUACUGAAUAAUAUAAUAAUAUUAUGUUCUAAUAAAGAUGCAUAAUAUAGACGUAUAGUUAGUGGUUUUGCGGUUCAACUGCAACCAUAUAGAUACCGUACUGGUUGGUCGUUUCUACCGACCCAUACAUUUAGGUAAUGCGUUAUGCAUAUCUCCUUACCCAUCAAUUUCGUUUUGGACGAGUAAAUAUCACUUCGAGAACCCAACUAUACCGAUGCGUGUUGUAGAUACAUAAUGUACGUUGCCUAAUAAUUAUCAUGUUAUUUCAUGUUGUUAAUUACUAAAGUGGGGCUCAAGCUCAUCUGACCCGACGACGACCGGUGUCGUCAUUGACAAUCUUUUCAUACCUAAUAAUUAUUCCCUUCAUCGGGGACUACUUCAGGUGUUACGCGUUGAUUUUAUAAUAUGUAAUACAUUAUUAUGAUGUUAAUAAUUAUUAUAUUAUGUUUAUAUUAUUAUUCGAUACACUUCGCUGAUUGAUCAAUAUUCUUUACACAAAACUUAAAUUGUUCUAAUUUUUAUCAUUAUUGUUAAACAUUUUAAUUAUACGAAAAUAAUGUACUAUUAUUAUCUAAAAUAAACCAACAAUAGUCUGUUUA